UGUUCCCAAAUGGGUCUUUUGACAUGAUUCCCAUGAUUCAAAUCGGAGAAAAUUUUCGUAUUGUGUUGUCUCAGGUGUUGAUAACAUUUCGAUAUCUAAAAAAAAAUUAUGUACUUGAAAUACGGAUAAUAUAACCGAAUAUAAAAACAAUACGGUUUGGUUCAUUGUGCAAAUAGUUGUGCACAGAAGAAAAGAAUAAAAUGUCUAGUCAGUUUCACAAGGAUCUUAUUCAUCAGUACAAAACAACAUGCAACAAAUUGAAGAAAAUUCAAAGGGUGUUUUUCAAGCACUUUGCCCCAAAUGUAUGUGAAGUGGCAGACGAAUUUGGAUCACUUGCUGCAAGUUUCAACAAUUCGUUACUUCCGGAAUACGCCGCACUAUGCUACAUGGGCCAGGGAAAAUGUGAGAAAAUGAUUGGCAAUGAUGCAGGCGAGGUGGACGCAUUGCUGAGAGCGGCCCGAACCUACCGAGUGGCCCACAAUAAGCAGAUCAAGAUUAAAAUUGAAAACAUAUACGGGGAUCACUUGGAAGGAGCCUUCAGAUGUUACACACAAGCGUUGUUAAAACUUCCAGAUGACUCCGUGACAAAGGCGGCAAUCAUUCGGGAGUUGAAAGAGAUUAACCCAAAUGUGGAGAUAAUUAGCAAUUUCAGUUCGCCAUGUCAUCGAAUCUGGGAUCUCGAGCAAUCGGCUGAGGAUAGCAUCAAAUUUCACGAUUACGUGGCUGCGUUCGAAAAGCUCACUGAGAUUUAUGACGAUAUAAUCGAACGACGUUGCGAGGCACUCUAUCCGGAGGUGAUGAAACGAGUCGAAAUAACCAGAUUGCUACUGCUGUGUAUAUUACAACUUCCGCCUUCGGUUCGCUAUGAUCAUAAAUUUAUCGAACGGUACUCGUCGCUUGGGGAUACCAGCACCAACUUGAGUUCGCUCUUUUCGGACGAACUAUUCUUUUUGCUGCAGUCAUUAGUGAUUUCAUGUCAAGCAAAAGACAUCGAGUCGCUCGUAGAAGUACGAGAUGAAUUGAGUCACUGCAGUGAGCUGAGCGCAUCGCAACAAUUGCUGCUAGCUGAACUUGUUUCCAAAUAUUCCAAAUGAUAUUAACUGCAUGCGUCUCGUUUGGGUCGAGAAACAUGUUGGGAAACAUUGUGAAAUCACUCCUAAUCAUAGAUAAUCGAAUUAUAUUGAAGUGAUCGUUUGAUAGAUGUUGAAUAUUUAUAGCAAAACUAUAUGUUACAUUCUAUAAAAAUUAUCUAGUAAAUUUUAGGUAUUAAAAAAUAAAUUAUACUGAGAAAUAAACUAUCGAGAUAACUUGUAAUAAUCAUUUAUACCAAGUUUAUUUUGAAAAACAUGUGCAUGUUGUGAUUCAAUGAGUAUGAAAAAUAAUAAAUAUUUAGUUUAAUUUAACAUUAGAUAUAAAACUAAAAUGUUUUUGAACGCAUCUGCAUUUUUAUAGAGGUUAUACUGAAGAAGCUUGGGGAAUUACACUGGUUAUAAUGUAAAAU